AUGCUCAAGAUUGGUCAGGUUUAUUCAGCCCAGAAAGCGCAUCGCAAAUCCGUAAUGCAAGCAAUGCACGGUAUCCUCGCUCAGCCAGGUCAGCCCUCGGAUCCGAAUGAUAAAAAGGGAAGACCAUCUGGGACUGACGAUAUAGGAAUGCGAUCCCUGGGUCCCGGAGCGCCCUCCACCGAGUACUUCCCGUUCUACGCUAUGAGCUUGGAAGUGGGCUCGACGAACGCCUUCGCGACUGUGGGUAAGGAAACCCCUGCCUCAACGACAGCAAUCCACGCAGGGAAACAUGACAGUUCGUCGGGACUCAGUACCUACGACCUUGCCAUUGCGCUGCAAUACGGCCAGGGGACUGGUUCGGCACAAUUGGUAAAGUUCAUGAGUGAUCAUGUCAAGAUGGUCCACAGCCCUCCCUACAGGAACUGGAAAUGUAUUCUUAGCGCAGGUACCACUUCAGCCUUUGAAAUCAUUCUCAGAAUGCUAGCAAAACCCGAUGACUACCUAUUGGUCGAGAAGUACACAUACACAACUGUUUUUGAGACAGGUCUUCCUCUCGGAGUCAAGUUCGCCCAAGUACGCACGGACAAAGAUGGUCUCAUGCCCAAUGAUCUGGACGAUAUCCUCACAAACUGGGACGAAACCGUCCGUGGAAGCAAGAAGCCCUCUCUUCUUUACACCAUCCCGACAGGCCAGAACCCUAGUGGAAUAACCCAGCCACUUUCUCGAAGACAGGAGAUCUACCGCAUUGCUCAAAAGCACAACCUAUUCAUCGUGGAAGAUGACCCUUAUUAUUUUAUCCAGCUGGGGUUGUACAAGACGACUAGUCAGGUCACAGAGCCUCCCACAUCAGUAGAAGAUUACGUCAAGACACUGGUCCCUAGCUACCUCAGCAUCGACACCGACGGCCGCGUACUACGCAUGGACUCAUUUUCAAAGAUCAUCGCACCAGGUGCUCGCAUGGGCUGGGUGACGGCGAGUGAGCAGGUCAUUGAGCGAAUGGUGCGCGGACAUGAGGUAUCAGUGCAGAACCCUAGUGGGUUCUCGCAGAUUGCGGUAUUCAAGCUGCUGCAUGAUAGCUGGGGCCAUUUGGGAUUCGUUCAGUGGUUGGCGCAUCUACGAGGGGAGUAUACCAAGAGGCGGGAUGUGCUUUUUGAGGCUUGUGAGCUGUUCUUGCCGAGGGAGAUUUGCAGAUGGGUUCCGUCUACGGCAGGGUUUUUUGCGUGGAUAUCCGUUGAUUGGACAAAGCAUCAUAAGGUUGGGUUGAUGUCUUCGCUGCAGGUCGAAAAGGAGAUACACAGUGCGGCGAUUGACGCUGGCACACUUGUUGUUCCCGGGAGCUGGUUCCUUCCUGACGAGGGAAAGAGUGGGAUGGACGAGGUGUUCUUUCGGAUGACAUAUGCUGCUGCUUCUACAGACGAUAUAAGGGAGGCAAUUAGGAGGUUUGGGGCUGCUUUACGGAGGGUGUUUCAUUUGCAAAGCCAGGAUUCUUGUAGCGCCGUAAAGUCUGUUAGCAAUUAG